AUGCCACAGAGCAAUGGGCACGUCAAAUUUAUUGAACUAGGAAAGAAGCUCAACACGGACAUGUUCUCCCUUACUGUUCUUGGAAAGACUACAGUCGUACUUAAUUCUAGAGACGACGCAAUUAACCUCCUGCAGAAUAGAUCUUCAGUUUACUCUGAUCGCGCAUGUCCCCUUAUGAUGACCGAACCAUCGCUAGUCAACUGCGCAGAUUUAACAUCUUUUGUGGGCUACAACGAGCGUUGGAGAAAGGGUCGCCGCUUGAUGCACAUCCAAUUAAACAAGCAGACUGGUGGCUCUUUUCAUGAGUCUCAGGAGCGCGAAGCACGUUUAUUGUUACAACGAUUAAUAUCAACGGUCGAGCAAUUAGACUCAUCUGAAAAGCUGUAUCAGGAGUUCUUUAGGACCUUGUCUGGGACACUGAUGUCCUCCAUUUAUGGGUACCGCGUUCGUGACCUCGAUGACCCAAUACUCAAAGAAGUUCUCCGAAUGGUGGAGAAUUUAUCAACAGCAUGCAUGCCUACAAUUAACGUCUUCCCUAGCCUUCUGUAUGUUCCAGAAUGGUUCCCAGGCGCUGGCUGGAAGAAGACCGCCCGCGAGUGGCGGAUACAGUACGAGGACACAGUCAAGGGUUUAUUCAAUUGGACAAAAUCUCGGAUUGAUUCGGGUGCCGAUGAGCCGCCUAUGGUCCUAUCGUUUCUGACUGAGGGAGAAAAACUCGGGUUGUCCGGUGAAGAACUCAACGAUUAUGUGGGAAAAGUUGCAGUGACAUUAUUCCUCGGUGGAGCAGAAACGACAUCAAACACCUUCCUUUGCUUUGUCGUGGCAAUGGUACUGUAUCCAGAUUCGCAACGAAAAGCUCAGGAAGAGAUCGACGCUAUACUAGGUACUUCACGGCUUCCAGUGUUAGAAGAUCGACUCUUGCUCCCGUACACCGACCGUCUUAUUCAAGAGGUUCUAAGGUGGUGCCCGGCUUUACCACUUGGCAUCCCACAUGCCACUACCAGCGAAGACAUCUACCAGGGAUUCCGGAUCCCUAAGGGCGCAAUGGUUAUAGGGAAUACAUGGGCAAUGAGUCGUGAUCAAAAGGUCUACAAGAACCCAGAAGAGUUCAAUCCAGAUCGGUUCUUAGAUCCCUUGGUGCCACCAUGUCCUGCGUUUGGCUUUGGUCGUAGGGAGUGUCCCGGAGUUCACUUUGCUGAGUCAUCGCUGUUUAUUGUGAUCGCAUCCCUCCUAUCUGCAUUCAGCAUCCAUGCAGGCAAGGACGCCAACGGAGAAGAUAUUGUUCCUAAGCUUUCAAGCAAGAAUGCAUUGCUUUUCCACCCCGAUGAAUUUCGGGUAAAGCUGGAGGUACGCUCCGUGCAGCACGCCCGUUUGGUUCAUGGGGGAGCAUGA